CUAAACCUUUAUUUACAGGUUAAAAACAAACUUUUACCAAUGACAUAGUUUGGAUUUUUUAAAAGGCUUGCAGUAUGGAAUGCCCCACGGGGAUGCAUUUCCUCUUCCAAAAAGCCUGUGUACUGCGCUCUUCUGAGCACAUCUGUUCUUCUUUAUGCACACCAGGAAAGGAUUAACUCAGCUGUUCUCUGUUUUCCAGAUUUGACUGAAGAACGAAUGGGGGACGGCAGCUCAGCCGAUAAUACUGAGGUCUUCAGCGACAAAGAUACUGACCAGAGAAGCUCCCCAGACGUGGUGAAGAGUAAGAGCUGCUUCACCCCUGAGAGCCCCGAGAUAGUGUCUGUGGAUGAAGGAGGGUAUGCUGUCCAGAAAAAUGGAGGCAACCCCGAGAGCCGCCCUGACAGCCCCAAGUACCAUGGGGAGCAGAAUCACCUCUUGAUUGAGGGCCCAUCGGGGACUGUUUCUCUGCCCUUCAGCUUGAAAGCCAACAGACCACCACUCGAAGUGUUAAAAAAGAUAUUCCCCAACCAGAAGCCAACGGUGCUUGAGCUCAUCCUCAAGGGCUGUGGCGGGGACCUAGUGAGUGCUGUGGAAGUCCUUCUGUCCAGCCGGUCUUCCGUCACGGGAGCAGAGCGAACUUCUGCAGAACCCGAGAGCCUCGUGCUGCCCUCCAACGGGCACAUCUUUGAACACACCUUGAGCUCCUACCCCAUCUCCUCUUCCAAAUGGUCUGUGGGGUCGGCCUUUCGAGUCCCAGACACGUUGAGAUUUUCUGCUGACUCUAGUAACGUUGUCCCCAAUCCCUUGGCGGUGCCUCUGCAGCACCCUUUCCCCCAGCCGCCCCGGUACCCGCUGAUGCUGAGGAAUACUUUGGCGAGGAACCAGUCAAGCCCCUUUUUGCCCAAUGAUGUCACCCUGUGGAACACCAUGACGCUGCAGCAGCAGUAUCAGCUGAGGUCCCAGUAUGUCAGUCCUUUCCCCAGUAACUCUACCAGCGUCUUCAGAAGCUCGCCUGUCCUCCCCGCCCGCGCCACGGAAGACCCUCGGAUCUCCAUCCCCGACGAUGGAUGUCCAAUUGUGUCAAAGCAGUCCAUUUACACCGAAGAUGACUAUGAUGAGAGGUCUGACUCCUCAGACUCCAGAAUACUCAACACAUCAUCUUAAAGUGGUACUAGAUGGGGGGUGGCCAGGUGACAUUUUCUGUGCAUUUGGACCCUGGGACGCCUGAGGAGAGGCCUCAUCUCGUGUAUAUCCUUUCCUUCUGUUAGACAAAGUGACUGUGCUUGAUUCUAUACAUUAGCAAUAAAAACAUAACUUAUUUAACUUCUUGCACUUCACCGGAAAAUGCCAAAUAGCUCUGCUCUGUGGCUUUAGUGCUGAAUGUUUAUUAUAAAAGAGAGUCUUAUGCUAAGAGUAGUCUUGGGAAGGCUAGGUUCGUGGAAGAUUCAUUUGGGGAUGUAAAGCUGAAGGUCAGCCUUGCACCUAAACUCAACCUGGAAUGUUACAUAAAUUAAUAUACUUGAAUGCAAUUUUGUGAAAGAGGAUUCCUCAGGAUAUGUGAAACCUAAAGUAAGUGGUUCAGUUGCAAAUGGACUAUAAUAACAGGGACGUUAUAUUCUUAUGCUAAAAAUCCUUCUUGCAUUUUAAAGAGAUGCACUUAAGAAUAGGGUGAACUGCUCAUAUGCUUAUUUAAGCUUGGACAGUUUUCAGAGACAAACUCCAUUAAGAAUUAUCUUUUCACAUGGCUGAAUCGAAACAUGUGUAAUGUCGAUGUAAAACCAAUCACAGCUGUGAACUGCAUGAAAUGUAUUGUGAAAUGAACACAAGAUUAAGCUUUGUCAGGUUAAUGUAGCAUGCUAAGGACUCUAGAAAAAAAAUAAACUAAGGAGAUGA